ACUGAAUCAAAAUCCCGACGUUGACACAACUAACAUCAUUGUUAGACAUACGGGAGAGGUCACGUGGCGUUCUCGAGCUGUGUUGAGAAGUUCUUGUCCUAUUGACAUGGAGUAUUUUCCUUUCGAUGUCCAAAUCUGUUCUCUGAAGUUCGCUUCAAGAAGUUACGACGGAUUGCAGAUAGAACUCCUUAAAGAAGCUGGCCAGUCAGAGCUGAAAGAAUAUCAAGAAAAUGGAGAUUUCGAGUUGAGUGACUUUUCAGCUACAUCGACGGUUUUCCAGUAUUCCUGUUGUGAAGAGUUCUACCCCGAGAUCAGCUACAGACUGCGGCUGCGCCGUCGACCGCUGUACUACGUGUUUAACCUGAUUCUGCCCUGUCUCCUAAUAAACUCUAUGGCCCUUCUUACUUUCUGCAUGCCUUGCGAGUCUGGAGAGAAAGUUACCUUUAGCAUGUGUACAUUCCUAACCCUUAUUCUAUUCUUUGUGUUCGUAAGAGACAUCUUACCACCGUCUCACAAAACCCCUCUAAUUAGUUUGUACUACGUCGUCACUAUCUGCCUGGUUGCUUCUGCUACUGUUUUUACCGUCUUUUCAUUGAACAUCCAUCACCAAGGUCGUUUUGAGAAAGAAGUUCCACAAUGUCUUCGAAACGUGAUUUUGGGAUGUCUUGCUAAGUUCAUGUUUUGCAAGUGUUCUUCUAAUGGCGAACAUGAUUCAGAAAAUCAAAGUGAUGAGAAAAAAUCGAACCUCGAGCGCCAGUCAUCAAACGAAGACAACAAGCUCGAAUUUGGACACAUUGAGCAGUACAACUUUUCGCCUCGACUUCGACAACGCAAGGAAAUGACUGGAAGCUGCGAAUUUUUCGCAGAUGAACACAAAAAACAAUAUCUGAAGAUUUUAGGGAAAAUCUAUGAAAGUAUCGAAAGGAAUGAGAUGCGAAUUUCUGAACAGACGAGAAGAGAAACCAACAAGAGUGAGUGGCACCAGGUGUCACUAGUGUGUGAUAGGUUGUGGCUCGCGCUCUUCCUCAUAGCAUCAGCUGUGGGAACUUUACUGGUAUUACUUUCUUCUCCGCACGUCCCUUAAAAACUCACUUUUUCUAAAAACGUGCACUCUUUGUAUAUAUUGAUGUUUACUUACACUUCUUUACAAAUAUUCUUACAUAAAAUGUCCGUUGUUGUUGUUGUUUUUUAAAGAUCAUCUCCUUUACUUCUUAGUAACAACUGUCCAAUGUGGCAAAAAAAAUCAAGUGUAUGUUUCACACUCUGUUUUAUACAACAGUGUUAGAAAAAUUCCCC